UAAUAAUUGCAACUUCCUGUUCUGUAUUGCUAUAUAUUUAGACGAGAGUAAAGCACUUAAUAUCCAUUGCACAAAAAUCAAGGCAACUUGCACUACAAGUGGCACCAUGAGUAGAAUUUGGGGACUUUGUACAAUUGCCUCUCUCAGCAUACUUUUACUUACGCUAUGUCCCACUGGUUUGGCGUUGAAGUGUUUGGAAUGCCCAUGGUUUAGCAAUGCAGAGUGUGGGAACAAGACAACAUGCCCCCCAUCAAACGAUGCUUGUAUAAGAAUUUCAACAGCUAGUGGGUCCUAUUACAACUGCUGGGAUUUUACCAAAUGUGACUCACAAGGUUUAGCGGAAUAUUUUAAGCUGACCGACUUCAAUUCCACUUGCUGCUCUAACAACCUGUGUAACAGUGGUAGAACCAGCCUUCCGGUCUUCUCUGUGGUCCUCAGUCUAGUUGCAGUAGUUUUCAUGAUCUGUCGCUGAUGAUGCUCCUAGUGUCUCUCCCUGUUCAAGAACAACCUGCAGUUCAUAAACUAAUUGGCAUCUCCUAUUCCCGCUGGGAUAUCAUGAACCGGGAUCUUCAGCAAAAUGAAAUAUAAAUACCUUUAAAUGUGAAUAAAAUAUUUUCCACCGCAUAAUUAGGCUUUUGGAUGUAUUGUAAAUCUCCCCCUAUGACACUGAUAUCUCAUCUUGUUGGCUUUCCCUCUGAAAUAAUAUAAUUUUAUUUUGUGUUGAAUAAAAUGACAUUGAUACUGC